AUGUCAGGCCUUCGGCGAGUUUCGGCCAGCCAGCGAAACGGCCUUGUCGGUGUCGUCCGUUUGACCCCAGCCUGGCGAGCUCUGCUUGAAGAGCCGCUGAAGCUGCGGCGCUUGGAAGCCAUCGGCCAUGCGCCGCUGAGUACCGUGCUCAAGGCUUUGGCCAUGUGCAACAGGCGCCUGGAAGGGAAGAACCUGCCGUGCCUGGGCUUCGUGCCUUGGGUGCGGGUUUACGUGCACCGCCCGGAUGAGGCCAGCGCGCACGUGCGCCGCUCCAUGCGUCUUCAGCUGCGGGAAGUGUCCCUGGACGCGGUGCAGCAAGUGAGGGCCAAGCUGGCAGCGGAGCAAAUCGACGUGGUCCGGGUCCGCGCUGACACGGACCUGCGGCGGCUGAGCGGCCUGGUGCACAGCCGCUUUCAGCUGUCCGCCAUCGGACUGGGAGACGCUAAGACUUGA